AGUGUCAACAUAUCGGUGGGCGAAGGAACCGGCGUGAACGACUCACUCCUGUUGAUAAGCCUUAUCUUUAUCACCCUGAACGACUUCCGUUGCAGAGAUCUCGGUGGGGGAAAAAGGCCAUCCGUCGAGGAAAUUCCAGAAGUCGAGAUUUUGAAUUCGAUUCUUUCCAGGAGCCGAAGAUCGAACACAAAAGAAUUUUUGGAAACCAAUUUUGGCAGCCGACUUCUUGGACCUUCUAGGUUAUCCACAUUGUUUUGGUCGGCGAAAAUAUCUGUGCUCAGAAACCUCGCUUCGAAAACCGCAACUAUUCACACACGAAAGACCUAUUUUCUGCUUCUUCAUCUAAAUAAAGUACACGCUGAUUAAUCGAAUCUUCAAAUAUUCCAUGAUCCAUAAAAAGGUGUCUGAGAAUUCACCCGGACCAGUCCUGUAAAAAAAAAAAAAAAUUGAGAAAAGAAGGAUUGGGAAAAAUGGAAGUCAGUGUUUUGUGAUGGUUCGUGGAUAAUCAUUUGCCAGGAUUGGAUAACUGGAUUUACUGACCGUGGAAGAGGAGGAAUUCAGACCAUUAAAGGCCCUUACUUCCGGGAGAUGACCUUCUUGCAUGGAGAUGAGAGAUUGCCAACGCUGCCCGGUGCGGUGGUGUGAUGGACUUCCAGGUGUCUGUUCCGGGGCCCUUUACCUACUUGGUCCACGAACACGCGCGCUCCAUCAUCGCCAUCCAGGAGUUACAGCGCGAAGUAACAUCCCUCCUGGAGUUCCGAGACAAUGUGCUGCAGGCGCUACCCCAUCUGCACUCACGUGGCUACCACUCCCUCACGCCCACCUCCAAUGACCCAUCGUCCUCGCCUGCACAGGCUGCCCCCCACCAUCACGCUGCUGCGGCGAGGGGGGAUGUACAUCCCCCGGGCAAGGCUGAGGCUGUCCUGCACCACAUGACCUCUGAUGGUGGCCAGUUGCAGCAGCAGCCCCCCCCACAUACCCACGCCAUCACCUCAUCGGGUGCAGCUGGCGGCACCAGUACCCACACUACUACAGUUGUCAGCAGCAGCAACAGCAGCAGUAGUAGCAGCAGUAGCACGGGUGGUGGCAAGUCCCUGAGUGAAACCCACAGCAGUGCAGUUGCAGACUCUGGCUUCAGCACAGACAAGGCUGGGGGCAGCAUGGGCAAGAGCUCCUCUUCCUCAGCUGGAGACCACCUGUCAGGUGUGGGGGGGGUUGAGGAUCAUCGCUGGACGUCUGUGGAGCCAGAACUUCCCCUUGGCUCAGCGGAAGAUGAGUUGUGGCAGUUGCUAGAUGUGAUUCAGAGGAAGGGCACGAGGCUGAGAAAUGAACUUGAGCGAGCGGAGCGUGUAGAGAGGGAACGUGUGAGCCAGCCUCCCCAUCAGCCCACCAGCUCUGCAUCUGACCCCCCGCUGGCUUCACCCAGGCCUCAUCCUGCAUACCGAGACCUGUGGCCUCACUCUCUCCCUGGGCCCCUGGGAGUCUACCCUUCCAGAGGGGAGUUCCUACCCCCACCUCCUCCUGUGGCAACACCUGUGGGUUUGGGAGUUGAAGCAGAAGCUUGGGCUGCUGUAGAACGGCUGCGGCAAGACCGGCAGUACCUUGUGGGCAGGGUAUCAUGGGCAGAGGCAGAGGCUGCAGCAUCGCACCAACGUCUCCUUGACCUCCAUGACCAGCUAAUGGCACUUGCGGGCGACAAGCGACGCCUCGAGGAGCAGGUCCGUGCUCUCAGAUUAGACCCCAGAUUAGACCCUAGACUUGAUCCUAGAAUAGAUCCAAGAGUGGACCCACGGGUGGAGAUGAGGAAUGAUCUGAAUCUCCAGUUUGUGAAAACCAAUGGUGUGCGUCGAGAUGGACCAGCCUCCACAGGCGGCAUUGUGCACAGUGUGAUGGGAGGUGUCAACACUGUCCAUAUUGUCAGUGAUAACACCACUUCUACCACCACCUCACCCUCCACCAUGUCCUCAAAGUCUCGCCGAUAUCCACCCUCAGUCACUGUAAGUGUUGCGGGGGAAGUUCCAGAUGAUGCCCAGGCAGUGAUGGGGGGAGGAGGGAGAGGUGGGAGGAUGUAUCGCAGUGCGUCCAGUGUAAGGAUCAACAGCGAGAGGGAUGUGGUACUUCCACGUGUUCUUAAGGUUCCUAUCAAGGACCGGUCACAGCGCCACAGCUCAAGCAGAGAAGCAGGAAGGGAUGCUAGCACUUCAUCACACAGGGAAGGUACCACCAGCAAGGACCAGCUUCAGCCUAGUACCAACAAGGAUGCAACUUCCACAAAGGACACGACUACUCCAGCUGCGGUGUCUGUUCCCCCGAGCACAGAAGUGAGAAAGGGGAGUGACAGAGUUGUGAUUGAACGGGAGAGAAGAGCUGGCCGUGCCGAUGGAGGACUCAGCAUGCCUGUGAGCCUUCUCAAAGGGGUGAAAAUCAAAGUUCAGCCCAACAAACAGAGGAUUUCAGCCAUUCUACGUGAAAAGGAUGUGCUGGAACUCCAGCGCCAGCUUCUUACCACUGUCAUGGAGACUGAGGUGCUGAAGAAGCAGAUUGAGACUGCAAGUGAAGAGUGGGUGAGCAAGACUGCUGAGUGGGAGUCAGAACAACGUCAGAAUCACGCCACCAUCACUAGUCUGCGUCAAGAAAACUUCGGGCUGAAGACGCAGCUGGAGGAGUGUGAGAGGACUGCACCUGGCCAAAAGGAUGCGAGUGUGGGUGCCCACCCACUGCUGCACACUGUAGCAACCAUGACAGACAGUGGAGAUGCAGAGAGCGUGGAAGCUGCCACACACACUGUCCACCCUGGCCCCAACAUCAAGUAUGAUGUGGUGGUCCACCAAGAGGACACACGGCAUGCAGAGACCAAUAACAACACCAUGAGUGGUUCAGCACUAGAGUCUGGAGGUCGCAAGGCUCCCCCCACUGUAGAGAAACCACCACGACGUAGCCGAGAAGUUCGGACUUCCUCCUCGGUUGGCUCUUGGAGCUCUCACCACACCACACACUCUGUUAGCAGCCACAGGGAGUCCUCAGGCUCUGAGGUCUCUGGAGGGCGGGAGUCUGUAGGACGAGGAGCUGGACCCCGCACUAGGCCUGGGCUGGCAUCAGGACGCUCUACCCCCACAGCUACUCCCCGAUCAUCGCCUGCUCCAAGCAUUAACACAAGGACGGCAACAAGUAGAAACACUCUGCAGGAGGGAGCACGAGCCAGCCCCCUGGGACGGAGCACCAGCAGUGUGGCUGCCAGUGGGCGAGUAGCUGUGGGUCGCCGAGACUCCCUCAAGACACCACAGGGAAGCACGAAUGGCAACGGGAAGAGCAGUAAUGGGGCGGGUGGCCAGCACAAGAAUUCCUCGGUGUUCCUCGGGGACAAAAGCUGUAUCAACAAGCCAGGCUCCAUAAGAGAGGGAGAUGGUGAGGGAUCAAGCCCAGCGACAGUCUUCUCAAGCCUCGACUCGUGUGGUCCUCCCCUGGCCCUGUCGGAUCUCAAGAGCCCAAGCCCAGGUUCCUCUCCUGUAGUAUCAGCACCUCAGAAGAAGCUAUUUGUCUUGUUGGAAGGACAAGAGGAAUCAAGCCACAUGGGUGAUGAAAUCAGGAAAGCUGUGCGAAAGAGGUUAAGUGCAAGUGACCUCUACAACAAAGAAGAUUGUGCCUCAAAUGACAGUGUGCAGAACAACCUAUGGCUGGAAUCUGGUACUGGAAUUUUAAACAAAGAUAAGAACAGUGAGACCAUCAUGUCAGAGCUGAAGUUGUCCAACCUCAAAAGUGGUUCAGGAUCAACUUCUCCAGCCUCAACACCUAACUCUUCAGGCAGUUUUUAUGACAGCAUCAACACUGACCUGGACACUGGGGAUGACUCAACGAGGCUGAUGCAUGUAGAAGUGGCUUUUGACUGGAACCCUAUGCCAACCCAACAGAUCAGAUACUUGCCUCCAGCUGCUCACAUGUGGACCUCCACUCACAACCUUAACCCUGAUAAGCGCCUGCCUCUGGUGGGAAACAGAGCCUUGAAUACCAAUCCUGUAAAGUGGCCAUCUGCUAUUGUUGCACCAGCUUCCACCAAGGAAUCCACAGCAGAAGGCCGAAGGUCCUCAGUGGCAAAGAAGCUGCAGGUGGGCAGCAUCAGGAAGACAGAUUCCUCAGAGAGUGUGGACUCUCACUCCAGCUCUCAACAGGGCCUUGCAGACUCUCUAGAGGAAGAUGAUGAUCCUGGGUUUGAGGCUGUGGGAAGGAUGCGAAGCAAGUUGAGGACCAUGAAUGGGGCUGUGCGUGUCAAGAGUAUUGAUCGACCCUCUGUUUUGUCCAUGGUACGAAGUGAUGGUAUAAGUCAACGAGACAAGGUUGGCUCUCUUAGCGAAGAAAGUUACUCUGCUGUAAACAGUAGCUCUGUAUCCAGUUCAUCUGCCUUGGCUAGCAAUACACAGUCUAGCAAAAAUCAUGACACCAGUUUAAAGGUAUCUACCAACAACUCAAGAAAGUCUCAUCUUCAGGUGAGGAGUCCACGAACUGUAGCCUCAGUGUGGGAACACACUGCCACCUCAACAGGCCAAUCCAGUGCUGAGUUAAAUGCACGUGUUCACCAGAUCUUGGCACGCAUAGCUGCCAGUGCCCAGUGAGGCUUGUAGAGGACUGGGUGCCAUACCUGUGUCCCUUGUUUUUUGUUAUCUGACCAGUACCACCACGAUGCAACUGUCUAGUGGUUUGCCACAGAGCAGCAUUCCACUUUAAAAGAAGUUGGUCCAGCUUUAUCAUGGACCUUGUGAUCACACUCUCCACAGCUUAUUACUCCCUUCUCCCUCUUGUAUGAUUUGCCUGUUUCAUCUCUCCAGACAGUGAAACCCAUCCCAGAUAGAUUGUGGACUGUAAUUGUAUUUGAGAAAGUUGCCAUUUUGUAUUCCAAACACUUCAUUUGCUUAAAAAUGAUUUUGUCUGGAGAAUGGGAAAGAGAGGGCAACAGUUCAUAUAGGAAUGGGCAUUUUCUUCCUCCUGUAUUACAUAGAUUAAUUUCCUUGUGUUCUUGUGCCCGGGUACUCACAUUGUGAUAGUGUAUAUUCAUUCCGUGCCUCAUCAUUAAGUCAUACUGUUUCAAAGGUCUUCACUCCCUGGAUGCGUGACGUUGUAGUCUCGCGCCUCAGCUCACUGCUAUGCCAAAGUGCUUUGAUGACAUAAGCAUCCUCCAGAGAGACGGUAGUGUACUUCUUGCCUGCAUUCUCAGCAGGCUUAAUAUGAUACAGAAGUAGGAUGUUAGCUUUCUUGGGUGCCGAUAAUCUAAUGUAAAUAUCAACUGGUUAUUUACUUCUAUAGCAUUUUUUUCCUCUUUUUUAUUGUUGUUUUAAGGAGACUUUCCAGAGGUUAGGACAUGAUCUCGCAGUUCUAUCAGUAUUUCAGGACACCUAGUACCCCUGCACGCUGUAUAGCUCUAGAAGGUCUCCCAAAGGCUGCUGGACAUGCAAGGAAUGAUUUUAUAUAAAUAUAUAUAUAUAUACGUGAUUGAGAUUUUUUAUACAAAAUAUUAAUUUUCUCUUAUUAAGAGGGGAUUGUUUUUCCUGAGCCUGAGAUACGUAACUGUUGCCACUGGUUGUACAUUAGAAAAUGUGGAGAGAUGUUAAGCUGCUCUUUCGAAUGGCUAUAGGCUUGAUCAUAUUGAUACUGUCCUUUCAUCUGCAUUCUGAAUAUUCAGAUGAUGAUAGUAUUGAUAUUACCCUAAGCCUCGAUAGUAGAAGAGUAAUUUACAUCAUUACAUCCCAUAAUGAUGGUGUCUUUGAAUAACAACAACAACAUCUGUGGCUUUCGUUCACAUUCUACGUGUUCCCCAGUCCAGCUUUGAGAAUUGUCAAUAGUGCAGUCUGCCUCAUCUUCCCUGGGGGCUGUGUAGACAUAGAAUUCCUUGCUGAGUAACACAUGAAUGUAGGCUUCCUCAUCCAGGAAUACAUACAGAGGUCUAAGCAGAGAUGAACUCUACCUGGUGACAGGUCUGCUUUCCCCCCCAUGUAUUUCCGGUAACAUAAAUAUUCACUAUUCUCGGGUUACAGCAGUGUGUUCCUUGGUGUUCCCCCCUUUCCCCAUAACCAAUUUGCUGGGCAGUGUACAUACAUCGAACAAGUAGCAGGCGUAGGCCUGUGGAAGACUCCCUUAUGUGUUGGGCGUAAUCUGACACCUGGAGCUCUGUGAUGCGGGAAGGCAGAUUAGAAGCUUGAGUCACAGGAGCCAGAAUCCAGCUGUGGCUCUCAUGCCUCAAAGUUUCCUUAUGCCAAUGAUAUUUAGGGUGAGAACCAAAGAAUAAAACUGUAAAAAUU